GCGCCCGGACUGAGCGGGCUUCGGCAGCAGCCCGACUGGAGGGCUCGGCGGCGACAGGCAAAUUAGCCGACGGUCCCCCGUCCCCAGAGUAGCCUCGGCCCCAGGUGCUGGCGUCCACGGCCACUCGACUCAGAACCGCGACAGGUGCCGCGCGCUGGGCUCGCUGGGGACGGCGCUGAGGCCGCGGGCGACUCCCGCUCCGUCCCGCCCGCCCCAAGCCCGGCCCGCCGCUCGCCGUCGGGGGUGCCCCGGCCCCGGGCCGGCGGCGAAGCGGAUGCGCGUCGGGUGAGCGCCGGCCCGGUCCAGCCCGCCAUGGCCGCGCGCCCCGGGCCGCUGUGGCUCCUGGGCCUGGCGCUGUGCGCGCUGAGCGGCGGCGGCCCCGGCCCGCGCCCCCCGCCCGGCUGCCCGCAGCGCCGCCUGGGCCCGCGCGAGCGCCGCGACCUGCAGCGCGAGAUCCUGGCGGUGCUGGGGCUGCCCGGGCGACCCCGGCCCCGCGCGCCUCCCGCCGCCGCCCGGCUGCCCGCGUCCGCGCCGCUCUUCAUGCUGGACCUCUACCACGCCAUGGCCGGCGACGACGACGAGGACGGUGGCCCCCGCGAGCGGCGCUUGGGUCGUGCCGACCUGGUCAUGAGCUUCGUCAACAUGGUGGAGCUCGACCCCGCCCUGGGCCACCAGGAGCCCCACUGGAAGGAAUUCCGCUUUGACCUGACCCAGAUCCCAGCGGGGGAGGCGGUCACAGCUGCUGAGUUCCGGAUUUACAAGCUGCCCAGCACCCACCUGCCCAACAGGACCCUCCAUGUCAGCAUGUUCGAGGUGGUCAGAGAGCAGGCCAACAGGGAGUCUGACUUGUUCUUUUUGGAUCUUCAGACGCUCCGAGCUGAGGACGAGGGCUGGCUCGUGUUGGACGUGACAGCAGCCAGUGACCGCUGGUUGUUGAACCACAACAAGGACCUGGGACUCCGCCUCCACGUGGAAACAGAGGACGGGCCCAGCGUGGAUCCUGGCCUGGCCGGGCUGCUGGGGCGACGGGCACCGCGCUCCAAACAGCCUUUCAUGGUCACCUUCUUCAGGGCGGGCCCCGGCCCCAUCCGGGCCCCUCGGGCAGCGAGGCCCCUGAGGAGGAGGCUGCCGAAAAAAACCAACGAGCUGCCGCAUCCCAACAAGCUCCCGGGGAUCUUCGAUGACGUCCACGGCUCCCACGGUCGGCAGGUUUGCCGUCGGCACGAGCUCUAUGUCAGCUUCCAGGACCUCGGCUGGCUGGAUUGGGUCAUCGCCCCCCAAGGCUACUCAGCCUAUUACUGUGAGGGGGAGUGCUCCUUCCCGCUGGACUCCUGCAUGAACGCCACCAACCAUGCCAUCGUGCAGUCCCUGGUGCACCUGAUGAAGCCGGACGCAGUCCCCAAGGCGUGCUGCGCACCCACCAAGCUGAGCGCCACCUCCGUGCUCUACUAUGACAGCAGCAACAACGUCAUCCUGCGCAAGCACCGCAACAUGGUGGUCAAGGCCUGCGGCUGCCACUGACCCCCCUCUCCCCCAACUGCAGCAUUUCCCCUGAUGCAUCAGACCCUCUCCAGAGGCUGA